UGCCACUGGCACUACAAGUCUUUUUUUUCUUUUGCUGUGGUCAGACAUAGUGAACCGUAUUAUUAUUUAUUCUGAUCCUAAUAACAUUUUGGAGCAUUUAUUAACCUUAGACAAAAAUGGCAGACACAAAAGUCGAAAAAAGUAAGGAGCUCACCGCCAAGGACCUCAAAGAGAAGAAACUUGUUGAGGAGGCAGAGAAUGGAAAAGAUGCCCCAGCCAACGGCAAAGUUCAGGAGGAGGAGAACGGUGACCAGGACAACGAGGUAGACGAGGAUGAGGAUGACGUGGGAGACGAGGAAGACGAGGACGAGGAUGCAGAGGGAGAUGAUGAUGACGAGGAUGAUGAUGAUGUAGAUGGAGGCACCGGCAAGAGGGCAGCGGAAGACGACGAUGACGAUGAGGAUGAUGUUGGAACUAAGAAACAGAAGACCAAUGAUGAUUAGGAUCCCCACCUCGCCCGCCGUCCCCAUCCCCAUGUCUCUGCUGGAGCCCCCCUGCCAGUCAGUUGACCCUCAACACGCCACACACACGCGUGUCUGCAAGAGGAAGCCAUGAUCAUGAUCAUGUAGAGUCUCACAUCCAUACACACAAAACCAACUGCAAAUUUUUUAGAAAACCCAGAAGACUUCAAAGUUCUACCUUCUUAACAAGAUACUUUAAAAGCAGAAUUUGUUUGUAUUUUUAUUUACAUUUUAUAUUUUUGUAAAUAUUGUUAGGAGGUCAGCCAAUUUUCAACUGUGAUCUCUGGUUACCAAGCGGUGCUUUGAAGUUGCUUAUGAAAUAGACUUUACUUGUGGUUAGCCCAUGCUCAUGUUAUCUCCACACACAAAACUUGUACAAAUGACAGAACAUAAUUCAAUUCAAGCAUUCCAGUAAGUUUGUAAUUGUUCUUUAGUUGUACCAUAUGUAGUUUGUUUGUAUGAGACGGCAAGGCCUAAGAAAAGAGCUGAACCUCUUUUCUGACUGUCUGCUCCAUUGCUGUUGGUAUGUUGUGGCCUGUUCAAUGUAUGUGUGACUUUGUUGUAUGACAAUAAACCCGAAUUUUAUUUUGUGAGUUCUUAA